CCGCCGCUCGAUCGCGAGUGCCAUGGUCGCACUUUCUUCCUUGGCUUGUGGGGAAGCACCGCACAAAUAACAACUCCAUUUUCAUCGUCAGCGCUUUGUCAAAAGGUUUCCAUCCGUCAUGGCGUCAUUGGUGGUGGCCGAAGACAACAACAACCAUGACGAGGACAAGCCAGGAUCUAGUAGUAGGCGCUCUACUACUAUUUGGCAUGACAGUCAUGUGCAACGAUUUGCCGAGCACGGCAAAAAGGGAUGGAAGUGUCUGUGGUGCAACUUGUCCUUCCUGGGAGAACCCAACGCCACCAAGUGCUUGGCUCAUUUGACGAGAUCCGCUGGCAAGCACAUCAAGCUCUGCACUUGCGCUACAAUUCCAGCCGACAAGUUUGCCCAUUACCGUCAUCUUCAAUUGGAUUUGGAGAAUCGUCGACGACGCAAAGAUGGACAACCAGAAAUUGGAUUGGAGGAAUUGCCCACGCCCGUCGCCACGGACAAGCAAGUGGGACCUCGGACGUGGGCGGAUAGUCUGGAACUACUACGAGCAUACAAAGAGGAACAUGGUGACUGUAACAUUCCAAAAUCUUACCAAAAAGACAAGGCACUCGGGGAAUGGGUGGUCAAACAACGACAAAAUCAAAGAAAACUACUUCCAGAACAACGAAAACAAAUGGAAGACUUGGGAUUCAACUUUGAAAGCCGCCAGGAACAGCAAGAUAGAAAAUGGGAUGCCAUGUUGGAGGAAACCAAAGCCUACAAGGAAAAACAUGGACAUUUCAAAAUUCCCGCCAAGGCCACCAAGGACGAAAAACUCAAGGUUCUCUCCAGAUGGAUGAAUUAUCAACGACAACACUACAAAAAGAAAAAUCUGGAGUUGUCGAGAGUGGAAAAACUCAAUUCCAUUGGCUUUGAUUGGAGGGCUGACACGACGCGUGCCACCGCCAACACUAAAAAGACGACAACCAGCAAUAGUAAUGAUGGCAAUAACAGCAACAACAACAACAACAAAAACCAUGGCCACGAGGCACAAUGGAAGGAGAAUUACGACAAGCUCGCACAAUUUCACAAAGAACACGGACACUGCAAUCUACUGACGACACACUCCGACAAGUCACUGUAUUUUUGGCUCAAACGACAACGAAAUGCCUUUCACAAAAACCAACUACGAGACGACCGGAAAGAGCUGCUCGACCAAAUUGGAGUUGCGUGGGACCCAAAGGGCGAAGAAGCAUUGCAGAAUGCUUGGAAUGUUCAAUUCGAACGGCUCCUGGAGUACGGCAAGGAACACGGGACAGUGGCCGUUCCACAUCGAUACGCGCCUCACACCCUGGGAACCUGGGUAGCCAGUCAAAAACGGUUCUUUCGUGAUGGCGUCAUUGAUCCGGAUCGGGCGCGGCGGUUGUUGGAUGCCGGUCUUCCGAUUGUCGUCGAAAAUGAACAGAGCUGGAAUUCCCGCUACGAACGCAUCAAGGCAUUGGAUGGGAGUGCUUGGCAGGAUGUCCCCAAGCACGCGGACUUGGAAAAAUGGGGACGACUGCAAUUGAUACUGGAGGAACGCAACAAGCUGGCUGCUGACCGACGAAGCAAGUUGGAAGCAAUUGGCUUUUGCAACAACGAGCGCCCACAGUCGCCUGUGGGACCAAAAGCCACAACUAUCAAUUCUGUUUUGCCUACAUCCAAGCCACAAGCUACUGCAAUCCCCACCGCCGAUGCUGAGAAGGAGCAUGAAUCUACCCCCGAUCUGGCAGGCACCAACUCGAACGCUCCUCGUGCCACCAACGUCAUCAUGGAGUCCAGCUCCGCAAUCUUGGUAGACACGGCCGUUGUUGAACAACCAAUCGAUCCGGCUCACAACCCACCCGCCGCACCUACACACGUGGCAGCAUUAGCAGCAGCUACAGCUCCGGACCAGCCGACGGCCCCCAAUGCCGAGCCUGAUCCCGUUGCGGACUUGCCCGCUAUCGUCGAUCAAGCUGUGAUCACAUUGGAACGAUAUCCUGACAGUCCGCAGGCACCCGCGCUGGAAAAAGCACAGCAAAAAGUGGAACUGACAACGGAUCCAGCUGCAAUGGAAUCAACUGACGGUGACAAUCCUGUUGGUAUCAAAGUAGCGGCAACAACCGAGGAAGAGGCAGCCAACAAUCAGAAGCGAACCUGGCAGCAGAGCUUCGAGGUGCCCCAGGAACACAAAGAAGAGCACAGAACUUGCACACUUCCGUCGGCGUACCCAGAGGACCCUACCCUCGUCCAAGGGUCGAAAAAGCAAUGCACAUCCAAUCCCCAGCUCCCGUCAGAGCAAAACGACAAGCUGGAAGGCAUCGGAUUUGUUAGCAUUUGAACAACAAAUCGAAACAGAAGAAAACAAUGUACAUGUACUGUAUCUAUAUGAGCAGAGAAAACAUCCUCUUCGCAGAUAUGCAUCAUGCUUGACCUGUGUCUCGUCCGUCACGUAUCAGGAUGUCUUCUCAUGUCUUGCGUUGGCCGAAGCCAGCAGUUUCGAGACCGGCACGAGUACAAAGCUCAGGUAAUGUAUGUUGGGCAAGUAGCGGCGCCUUGUCUUGUCUUAGUAGUCUUGUCACCCGGAAGCGGUGUGAGCCUUGGAAAGAGAUGUCUUUUUUUAAAUUAAAAGUGGUACUAUUGAUCGGGCUCAGCACGAUACAGUACGUCUGGUUGGACCCCCCAACCGCGUUUUCUUAACACAAAGGGCUCCAAUUCAAAAAUUACUUUCGUCAGUCACCAGUGUAUUCCUGUUGUUGCACCACACAUCAGCUGUUGGUGGGUCCCGGAUCCAAAUCUGCCGCAGACAAAGUCAACAGUGCCUUUUCUUGCUCUCAAAGGCCAUCAACACAUCUGUCCAUCGCAUCAAAUCCAGUGGAAGGGGCACCUACUGGAUCCAGUGGACGUGCAAGGACAAUGAUGGCGGCCCGGCAGUCCUGUGGGCAUUUGAUCUGGAUGACAACCAAUAAGUCGAGAUUCUCCAAGUCCAUCAUAACACUUGAGUACUGAUCACUGGCCUGUUUCUGCUUCUGGAUGCCCAUGAGCAGGUCAUUGCUGCAACCUUUACCCUCGUUCCAACGAUCAGUUUGCAACAUCAGUCUGUUCUGCCCCUCCCUUUUCCCCAGAGGAAGCGCCAUUUGGCCUUUGCAUUCAUUCUACCGAUCAUGCUAGCUAGCUAGAUCUAUCUUCCAAAUCUAUCAAUCUUUUGACAACCCAUUGAGUUAGCUUUUCCGUUGGCGCCGUUUCUGAAUUCGCUGUGGUGAUUGUUGCCUUGAAUCUGAUUUCGCCCGCUUAGACAAAGCUGAAGCCAACGAAUCUCCCUCUGUGCUGGUUGCUUUACCAAUGGCAGAGCCAUCAGAUGGGGACACCUUGCUUUUGCUGGGGCAACCUGCGUUGCGUGUGUUCCGAAACAAGUGGGAAAUCUACAAGCAAGGAAUGGGUGAGAAUAAUCAGCAAAAUCAUUUUCGACUCUUCUUUGCCUAAGCCUGGCCCUCGCUGGCAUCCAUAGAGUACCUCCCUACUACCGUUACUUUCUCUGUGCCAACAGAUAAACUCAUUUUUGUACAUACCUUGUUC